AUGAUCAUGUCAAUUCGAAGCUUUUUGAUCCUCGCCGGUGCUGCGACCGUUGCUGCCGAUCAGCACAUAGCUGACUCUCCUUUCUUGAAUCAAUUUAUUGUCGACUCUGGAUAUGUGUCAAUCUCUACCGCUGGCAGUGAUGCCACCCACACCACCUAUAUUGCCAAAUGCGACAACAGCGGUACCGAUGUUUGCACAUUGCCUAGUGCUGGUGCCACUAUUGUCAUGGGCCCAUCUUAUGUUGGGUGCUCUUACACGGAUCCGUCGGAGCCCCUAUCCUCGUCCGUUGGGUGUAAAUAUAUUAACGCUGGAUCUUCUGUCCUUUGCACUAUGUAUCAGUCAGGCCAAAGUGGAACUUAUGUGGCCACAUUCUCGCAGACGGAAACCCUGCCGGCGUCUGCUGUUGCACUGGGCUUCAAUGCGCCGACUGGUACCGGCACCAAUUCAAAGCAAACCUCCGAAGCCAGUGCCGGAAGCGCCGCUACCAUGACAUCUGGUGCAGCCACUACUGCCGACUCAGGUGCAUCUUCUACGAAGAGUUCGACUACUAACGAGAGCGCCAGUAAAACUGGUUCUGCGGCAAGCGAGACCAAGACUGGUGGCGCAGCCAAGGUGGCUGAACUUGUGUUUGUCGCUGUUGGGGCAGCUAUCGUGGGGGGAAUAGCCCUUGUCAUGUAG